AUGUCCAACCGAAGAACUGGGACAGAGUUUCUUCUCCUGGGAUUCUCUGAUACUCAAGAACUGCAGAUAUUCCACUUCAUGGUAUUUCUGGGGAUUUACCUGGCUGCCAUGGUGGGAAACAUUCUCGUCAUCGUGGUCAUAGCUGUCAGUAAUCACCUUCACACCUCCAUGUACUUCUUGAUGAAUUUGUCCGUCUUAGACCUAUCAACUGUCUCUGUCACGCUCCCUAAUCCAUGGCCAAUUUUCUCUAUUGCAUGGCUCAGCUGCAUCCCUUACCCUGCUCUCCGUAUUGCAAACACCUUCCAUUUAUCCUUUUGCAAGUCCAACAUCAUUGACCAGUUCGGUUGUGAAGCUCCACAGCUUCUCAAGCUUUCCUGCUCUCAUUCAUACUUCAGUGAGGUUGCAGUUCUUACAUUUAGUUUCCUCUUCGUAGUCAUCUGUUUUGCUUUUAUAAGUAUGUCCUAUAUUCAGAUUCUUACCAUGGUCUUGAGAACUCCUGUCAAGGAAACACAGAGUAAAGCUUUUUCAGCCUGCAUCCCUCGUCUCAUUGUGCUCUCCUCGUUUGUUAGCACUGGUUCUUUUGCCUGUCUUAAGCCUGUCUCCAACUGCCCGUCAGCUCUGGGUUUCACAGCUUCUCUUCUCUAUUCUGUGUUGACACCAGUGAUAAAACCAGUCAUCUACACCAUGAGGAACAAUGACAGCAAAGCUGCCAUGUGA